AUGGCACCAGUAGGACCAAAAUGGCUUUGGAAGUACCAAAACAAUGUUAUAUUGUGUCGAAAGCUUCCGGGAUUUGUAAGUUUUUUAAUUAAAAAAUUAGCCUACAUAUUUAAAAUGUCUUAUUAUUCCCUAUUUAGUACAAUCCUUUUCCUUGAGUACUAACAAAAAUUAAAAAUUAAUGUUUUUUUUUCUCCAACUUACAACGUAUUUGUCAUUCCAGGACCCAAUUAAAAAAUGUAUUGAUUUAACGGACGCUGGAAUAACGAAAAACGGACAUGAAAAGGUGUAUCUUGGAAAAGUGAUUAAAACAAGAAAUCUCGCCAAACCAUCUAACACUAAAAAAAUACAUGAUUCUGCGAAUUCUGAUGGAAAGUUUUUGUGCCAUUGUUGUAAAAUUUGGCGCGCAAAGGUGGGCAGGAAACCUGGUUCUAAAAAUGCUUCAAACCAGGACUGGCGUAGUUCGAAGUACACAUACCCUGAAUUAAAAAAGAAUGUACCAACACGAAGAUCAAUGCCGCCUGUCAAAGAUGUUGAUGAUGAAUCUAUUGGUUUCCGGCUAAAGCGGGUGGCUGCUAAUGGUAAGUUUUGUAAAACACUUUGAUAUAUACUUACUUACUUUUACCAUUAAAUGAUACUUAUUCUUAUAUUUUUUAAUUCCAGAAGGUACGAUAGUAAAACGGAAGGAUAGGAAACGAAGUAAAACGGAAAAUGGUGACAACACGGUCUUAAAAACCAGUCAGAACGUUGAUUAUGUAGCAAAACGCCUUCAAAUUAAAACAAGUGUUCCUACCUUCGAUGAAAAUCGAAAUCUGACGUUACCAGAUCAACUAAUAUCACCGUCAUUUACUUGCGAUAUUAUAUCUGUAAACCCAAUUUUUGAAGUUACAAAGAGCAUUAGUGAGAAUGGAGAUGACAACAGUAUUGUAGACGAUCAAAGAAAUGGCAUUACUACUGAAAUGUACGAAAAUCAAGGCAUUAUUGCAGUCGAAAAAGGUGAUAAUGCGUCAGUCGCAACUAGAAAGUCUUUGGUACCUUACGAUCUUGAAGAUAGCUGA